AUGGGCCUUUUCGGCCACAUGCGCAUCCACGAGAGCGGCCUUGACCGCACUCCCGACACACCCACCACAUCCAACACAUCCACCGUGCACACCCCCACUCUCGCUUCAUCCGUCUGCGCCACCACCACCGCCUCCUCCGUAGCUGACACUGACACCGCCGACCUCUCAUGCCCACACUGUCCACGCACAUUAACCUCACGCAUCGGCCUGGUCGGUCACUUGCGAAUCCAUCGCACAGAGACUGGCGAACCAGUGCCUGGAGCACCCACCAAUGCGCACCAAGCUCGUCUCAACUGCCCACACUGCCCUCGCACUUUCAGGCAUCGCAUGGGCCUAUUCGGCCACAUGCGCAUCCGCGACGACCUGCGGUAG